GAGUCGUUUCGGAAAACUUGCGUGUUUACACCAUACGCCAGUUUUUUAGACCCUGCCCCAAUUCGCGGACCGUCGUCCAUCGCCUUGCCCUUGACGGCUGAAGACGGGUGGGAGGCCGAUUGCUGCAACCUGCCUUCUGCAGCAUACAGCACACAGUGAAACAUGAUUACCUCAAGGAUCGCCAGCUCCUUGUGGGCACAGCCCCUGAGGCAGAAACUCGUCUCUCCCCUGGUGUCCGCUUCCAAGAGCCUCAGCACGGAGGCCACCUUCGAGACGAAGCCGUACGCCAUGCACCGCGCCGAGACGUCACCGUCGCAGUCUGUGACGUGCUCGCGGGACGAGGCGCUGCACCUGUACCGUCAGAUGCAGACCAUCCGGCGCAUGGAGACGGCCGCCGGCAACCUCUACAAGGAGAAGGCCAUCCGCGGCUUCUGCCACCUCUACUCGGGCCAGGAGGCCAACUGUGUCGGCAUGAAGGCGGCCUUGGUCGACGGCGACUCUGUCAUCACGGCCUACCGUUGCCACGGCUGGACGUUCGAGAUGGGCGCCACACCGCAGGAGGUGCUGGCUGAGCUGACCGGCCGCGUGUCCGGCUGCGCCAGGGGCAAGGGCGGCUCAAUGCACAUGUACGCGCCCAACUUCUACGGUGGUAACGGCAUUGUAGGAGCUCAGUGUCCGAUGGGUGCCGGCAUCGCGCUGGCGCACAAGUACAACAAGACGGGCAACAUCUGCCUGACGCUUUACGGCGACGGCGCCGCCAACCAGGGCCAGCUGUUCGAGGCUAUGAACAUGGCGGCGCUCUGGGACCUGCCUGUCAUCUUCAUCUGCGAGAACAACCACUACGGCAUGGGCACGUCCGUGUCGCGCGCCUCGCACAACACCGACUACUACACGCGCGGCGACCUCAUCCAGGGCAUCAAGGUGGACGGCAUGGACGUGCUGGCGGUGCGCGAGGCCACGCGCUGGGCGGCCGAGCAGUGCCGCGCCGGCAACGGACCCGUCGUCAUGGAGACGGAGACUUACAGGUACUCGGGCCACUCCAUGUCGGACCCAGGCACGUCGUACCGCACGCGCGCCGAGAUCCAGGAGGUGCGCCAGAACCGCGACCCCAUCACCUCGUUCCGGGAGAAGAUCCUCACCUCCGAGCUGGUCAGCGCCGACGAGCUGAAGGAGAUGGACACGGAGAUCCGCAAGCAGAUCGACGAGGCUGUGCACGCGGCCAAGUCGGACCCCGAGAUCGGCAUGGAGCACCUGGCGUACGACAUCUCCAGCGACGACCUGGGCCACUCGACGGUGCGCGGCGUCUCGCCGUUCGUGCAGCUGCCCCACAAGGCUACGGGCCGCGCCGUCAACCGGAAGUGAACGGGUGGUGCCGGGCGACGCCGGUCGCGGCGGCGGUCCGUAGUCAAAGCUGUCGGUCCGUGUUGUGAGCCGGCCGGUCGGGCGCGAGGAGCGGGCGGGGCGGGCUCGGUCCGCCGGCGUAGUCAGAGCCGACAGGCCGUGUUGCGAGGCGGCCGCCGCGCGCCGGCGGCGACAAUACUGCGCAAUCUCGCGGCACGAUGGACCGCCGUCGGUGCGGUCAAGUUCGCUAGGUUGGGUGUGGUGCGUACGUUGUUACUUGGUUUUAUCGGGUGUCUGUGCGGUUUUCGUAACGGAUCAGUGGUGCCAUUAAAUUGACUCGCUAUGGUG